AUGGCGGCGACUCUCAACACCCAGGAAAAUGGGCGCGGUGUGAAGCCGCGUCUUGAUGCCGAAUCACUCAAAGAACUAGAUUCGUGGAUACGGAAGACGAACAUCGCUGAACUGUCGCUGAAUGUCGAACGGCCAUGCGGCAAUCUUCUGCCAGUCGGCCGAUGCGAUACAAACCUGGUCCGGCUCAAGAUUUCGGACCCGGUUCCCGUUUCUUCUCCGCUCCGGAUUCCUGCAUCAAAGAGGGAAGACACGGUGGAUCUGUCGAAUUUAUUCAAGCAAGGGGAAAGACGAAUACUGAUCUACGGUCAUUCGGGCGCGGGGAAGACCACCUUGUGCAAGAAGGUCGUGCGCGCCUUUUACGGGGAGGAAAUGUGGCGAGACCUGUUUGUCAGGGUCGUCUGGGUCCCAUUGCGAUACCUGGUCAUAUGGAAAGGUCCGAGGUACGGUCUGGCGGAGAUGCUGCACCACAUUUACCGUCAACAAUGCCCAGGAGACACCUCUUCCUCCAGCGCUCCGCAACACUAUGAAGAGGGCUCCGCGUUCCGCGAAACCCUUUUCAUUCUCGACGGGCUUGAAGAAGUGUUGACCCUACUUGACAUGCAAUGCGAGAGCGGCCUACGUGAGUUCCUCCUCGCGCUGCUGAACCACACAGAUGUCAUCAUCACAACCCAGCCAAACACGCCAUACCCCUAUGAUCUUCGACCCCCCAACGUCAAAUUGGAGGCAACUGGCUGGAGUCUUCGUUCUGUCAUGGAUUAUCUGGACGAGGACGGCGUGCCGCGGUCCGUAUCUCAGGGAGUACAGUCUCUCCUCCGGAGAAGCCCGCUACUACAGGGCCUGGUUCGAUUUCCAGUCAUGCUAGACGCUCUUUGCUUUGUUUGGGAGGACACUCUCGCAGACUGCCCCCUCUCAGACACAUUCACCCAAGUCUACCAAGCUAUCACGGAGCGGCUUUGGAGGAAGGACCUGAAGAGAUGGAAGGAGUUGCUUCCAGCUUAUCCACUUUCUGCAAUAGAGGAGCACGCCAAGAGAGAGAUCCAACGUCUCGAAGCCAUGGCUUUCGUGUGGGCAUGCAGCAAUCUGGCUGGAUCUCAGUCAGACGAUCGAGACGCCAUUCGCCAACGCACCCGACCCGAGCCAGGCCAUGAGCCGUUUGAACCCUCCUUUGUCCUCAAGCCAUCGGCUCAAGGCGCCCAAUUCAUUCACCCAACAAUCGGAAUGUUCCUCGCCGCGAGCUACUUCGCCAGGCAAUGGACAACGAAGAAGGCUCUUUUCUCCGAGGAUGACAUCCUCCCAAACGCAAGAUGCAUCGAGACUUCUCCACUAGACUUCCUUUCCAGCAACAGAGACCUCGGGCAACUCAAUGUCAUGUGGCGAUUUGUUUCGGGGCUUUUGGAUGCGAAAGGGGAGCACGAGAUCAUCCCCUUCCUGGAUGCGAUCGGAAAGGAACCUCGCGACCUUACGGGGCCUCCCCGCGUGCGGCUGCUCAUACACUGUUUGAGCGAAGCGCUUCGAUUGCCACCUGAGGAUCGGAACUCAAGGGAAAGUCGAAUUUCAGGAUAUUUGAGACAUCGCAUGGAUUCGGCUAUGAUUGCAGCGGACCCAGAACUUCCCGACACCAUUUUGUUCGAUGUUCUACGCCAUACUCAUUCCAAGAAAGCUGUCAUGGGUGCUCUGGAGACCUCUGGGAGGCACCUCUCGGGUGAAGCUCUUGAAUUUCUCGUGGGUCUCGCGAGGACUUGGGAUUAUGAGGAUCGCAGAUUCAUUCACAGCGCUUUUCAAGUGAACAAUUGGUCCUUGACAGAAAAGGCUGAGGCCUUGGCCGUGGACUUAUUCGAAAAUCACGAAUACCAUAUAUCAUGCUUGGGUAACGAGGUUCUGAAAAAUAAGGGAUUUUUCGCGGAUACAACCGUGAAGGCUCUUGUGAAACUCUUGGAGCACGAGGAUUCGCGCGUACGUCACGGUGCCGCUGUAGUUCUGAGCGAGCAACCCAGGUUGCCAAGAGUGGCCAAGGUCGCUCUUCGUAAACUUAGAUACCAGGAGGAUCUCUUGGCUAAAGGACUGCGGCGUGGGUCAGCUUUAUCAAAGGCCGACGUCGAUGGCUUAGUAAGGCUUCUAAGGUGUGUUAAACGCGUGCGCGCCAACGCUGUUGAAGCUCUCCGCAACCAAGCGAAACUACCAGAGGCGGCUUUGGCCGGUCUUGUCAAUCUCCUCAAAGACGAAGACAACGACGUACAACGCCGCGCAGUCGCCGCUUUACAAUGGCGGACAACUUUGCCAGAGGCGACUAUCGCUGCCAUAGGGGAGCUUUUCGAGCAUAGAACCAGUCGCGUGCGCGCCAACGCUGUUGAAGCUCUCCUCAAACAAGCGAAACUACCAGAGGCGGCUUUGGCCGAUCUUGUCAAUCUCCUUCAAGACGAAGACAUCGAUGUGCAACGCCGCGCAGUCGGCGCUUUACAAUGGCGGACAACUUUGCCAGAGGCGACUAUCGCUGCCAUAGGGGAGCUUUCCGAGCAUAGAACCAGUCGCGUGCGCGCCAACGCUGCUGAAGCUCUCCUCAAACAAGCGAAACUACCAGAGGCGGCUUUGGCCGAUCUUGUCAAUCUCCUUCAAGACGAAGACAUCGACGUGCAACGCCGCGCAGUCGCCGCUCUACACUGCCAGACGUUUCUUCCAGAGGCGGCUUUGGCCGAUCUUGUCAAUCUCCUUCAAGACGAAGACAUCGACGUGCAACGCCGCGCAGUCGCCGCUCUACACUGCCAGACGUUUCUUCCAGAGGCGACUAUCGCUGCCAUAGGGGAACUUUUCGAGGAUAGGACUAGUCGCGUGCGAGCCAAUGCUGUUGCAGUUCUGAACAUGCAGCCAGUGUCAACUGUAACGGCUUGGGCCGCAGAUCUCGGUCUCCCGCGAGACGAAACUAUUCAACCAACGGCGAUUGUUGAUGCCAUAGUAAAGCUUUAUGAAGAAAGGGCCAGCUGUGUGCGAGCCUACGCCGCUAAAGCUCUGCAGAAACAAGCAAAUCUACCGGAUUUGAUUGUGGCCGCUGUUGUAAAUCUCUUUGAGGAUAAAAACGAAGAGGUGCGAAACGAAGCCGCCAAAGUUCUCUAUAAUCAGUCGACUCUAUCGGACACAAUUCUGAACCGCAUUGUCGAACUUUCCAAACACCAGAACCAGCAUAUACGAUCGGUUGCCAUUACCGUGAUACGACAUGCCGAAGACGCAAGGACUGGGCCAGACUUGGCUGCGGUCGCCCUCGUUUGA